AUGAUACAACAAUGGGAUAGCCAAAAAAAGGUACUGGAAUCUAAACAACCGAUGGACGUACAAAUGCUACAAAGUCAGAAGCGUGAGCUAACUAUGCAGCUAGAUCGAGAACAGUCGGAAAAACAAGAACUAUUUUUGCAGUUAAACACGUUGAUCGCCCAAGUAGCCGAAGCUAAUCGUGAAGUUUCGGAGAAAGAAAGUACUAACAAUGAGCUGAAAUCAGAAAAUAGUCAGUUGAAACUUAAAUUAGAAAGUAUUCAACAGAUACAAGGCCAUUUGAACAAUAAUGUUCAUGAGCUUCAAGAGGAGUUACGGUCGAAGAAGAAUGAAACUGAGGGACUUAAAAAUGAUAUUGCUAAACGGGAAGAUGAAAAGAAGCAGUUGGAAGCUUGUGUUCAAGAACUGGAACAGGAACUGAAAAUGAAAGCAGCUGCGUUGCAAAGUUUAAUGCUUGUCAAAAAGGAGAAACCGGCUGAGGAUCCUACUGUUUUGACAUCCGAAAAUAGCAAUUUAAAGAAGAAAAUCAAAGAGUUAAAUGAUGUUUUAUCUGAGAAAGAAACAGAGUUGACAAAUGCCGUGGAAGAAAAAACUAAAGAACGCAUAGAACUUCAAAAAAAGUUGGAUGUAAUGGAGGAACAUUUACAAGCAAAUGAAGCUCAGUUACGGCAGAAGGAUAAUGAGCUUAACGAAAUGGCCAAGAAGCUUUCAGAACAGGGAGGACAUAUCGAGUUACUGCAGUCAUCUAGUGAUGAAAGAAAGAACAAUCUGGAAAUUAUAAGGAGAAAUCUAGAUGAGAAAACAGCGGCAUAUGACACCCUUACACAUGAGCUUGAUCAAUAUAAAAAAGCUGUUGAAACAACUGAGGCUUUGAAAAAACAAUUAGAAGGAGCCGAAAAGACAAUUAAAGAACUUAAAAAAAAAAAUCAGUCUUUGCAAAAAACAAGCGAUGAAAGAGCAGAAUUUAUUCAAACUGCUGAGAAACAGGCAGCACUGGACACUUCGAAACUAAUGGAACAGUUGAAAGAGCAGCAAACGAAAACUUUGGAAGCCGAAAGUGACUGUACCACUUACAGUGCUAGAAUAUUGAAUUUAGAAGCUGAGGUUAAGAGGUUGAGCUCCCAAGUUGACAAGAGUCAUGAUGCUACCGAUGAGGUAAAACGACUGCAAAAGGAGUUAGAGAUGGUAAAGAAGGAGAAUGCAACUUUAGUUGACGCUGUCGAAAGUGCAGAGGCAAAAGCUGACGAGUCUGAAAGGUCAAACCGGGAAACGAUUGAGGAGCUUGAGGAGGAAUUAAGGUUUAUGCAAGAAAAAAUGUCUGAUUUGGAGCAUUUAAACGAAGGCUAUAAAGAACAGAUGAAAAAAUUAGAGGACGAAAAGUCAGUUGUAACUGAAAAAAGUAACGAGUUGGGUUCAAAGGUAACAUCUUUGUCUCUGGAAUUGGAAGAAGCCAAAGCUCAUUUGGUAAAGCAGCAAAAGACGUCUGAAGAUUUAGAAAUUGAAAACAAAAGACUCUUGGCAAAGGCGAACAUUGAAGAAGAAGUGGUCACCUUGGCCACUUCUUUACAGUCGGAAAGGGAAGAAAAAAGCACUCUCCAGAAGGAAAUUCUGGAUGCUCGGAAACAGGUGCACGAGUUGCAAAAGGAAAAUGAAGAAUUAACGAAGCAGCUUAGUGAACAAAUUCAAGAGCUUCAGGAUGACAAGCUAAAAUCAUCGGAUGAGACUGAAGUAUUAGUUAAAAGGAUUGAGAAAAUGAAGAGAGAUAUACAAGAAGAGCAGGAAGAACAUAAGAGUGCAGUUGCGAAGCUUGAUUCCGAAGUAGCACGACUGCAGAAGGCUUUACUUGAUAAAGAUUCUGCUGUAGAGUUACUUCAAGCCAAUCUCACAAAUACUCAUAAGAAAGAAUUGGCAAAACUUAAGGAUGAUUUUGACGAAAAACUCCGUAAAGAGACUGUCGUUCACAAGGACGAGCUGGAUAAACUAAAAGGUGAAUACGAUGAAAAACUGAAUAUUCAAACGACUGCUUAUAAGAAGGAGUUAGAUAAGGUGAAGGAUGAAUACGACGGUAAAUUGGGCAGUGGGACAAGUGCUCAUAAGAAAGAGUUGGAUAAGCUGAAGGUUGAGUACGAUGAGAAAUUGGACGAUGAGAAAACUGCCCAUAAGAAAGAGUUAGCUCGGCUAAAGGAUGAGUUCGACGGGAAACUGAACGAUGAGACAGCUGUACUUAAAAAAGAGUUGGCUAAAGUAAAGAAUGAAUAUGAAGAAAAACUGAACAACGAGGCAACUACUUACAAGAGAGAGUUGGCUGAACUGAAGAGUGAGUAUGAUGGGAAUCUGCAUGCUGAAGCAGCUACUCACGAGAAGGAAUUAACCAAAUUGAAGGAGGAUUAUGAUGGGAAACUACACGAAAAGGCACUACAGUUGGAGAAAUUGCAGUCGAGUAACAGUAUUUUAUUGCAGGAAGCUGAAAAACUUCGGGGACAACAGAGAACAGCGUUUGGACUUCCUGAAGAGGUAAAUGCAUUGCGGGAAAAACUGUCAUUAAGAGAGACAGAAAUUACUGGACUUAAAGAAGAAUUAUUAGCCGUAAGGGUUGAGAAGAAUGAGCUAGCAUCAGCGUUAACCAAAAAGUGUCCAGAAGAGAGUACGCUUCUGAGUAAAAUGUCUGUUGUUGAGGAUGAACUUUCAAAGCUAAAAAAAUAUAUGCAGAAAACGAGUCAACACGUGGAAGAACAUAGUAAGGGAGGGGAUUUGGAAGAACAGCUUCUAAUAGAACUCGAUGAUGCUCAUCAGAACACCGUUAGCGGUAACAACCUGACAUCUUUAAGUAGUGGAAAGAAACCUGACCAAUUCGAUUUUGAAAGUUCUGUUGAUUUAUUCAAGAGUUUAGAAGACGAUCGACAAAUCAAGAAGAAAGACAGGAAUGUUACGGAAACGAAUGAACUAGGAUCUUUUCUGGAAAUGCGGGAUUCUUUUGCGGAUAUCUUAGCUUUGAGUGAUUCGGUAGGGAAAGAUGUCUCUCUUGGGCCUGGUAAGACGUUACCGAAAUUAGGAGAGCGAAAAAGCAGUACAUUCAUUGGUGAACUAGAAAAUGGCAGUGCUGUAGAAAAUAUUUCUUUGCUUGAACUUAAUUAUGACUCCAAAAUUGGUCAACAACUGGAAGAAGCCAAAAAACAAUUGGAAGAGCAGAAAUUACGUUGUGAGGAAUUAAAAAAAUCUCGGGAUCUUGCUGAGGGGACUGUUUUACAGCUGAAGCAAGACGUGAAGGGGCUGGAAACUGAGGUUAUUAGGUUAGAGAAGUCAAAUAGUGUGGUUAUCACUGAAAGACGGGAUUUGGAAACUGAGCUUAAAAAUACAAAACAGGCUUUGUUAGUUGAAAUCGAAACGAAUGCGAAGUUGAAAGAAGAGGCUUUCCAAUCGAGUGAUAAAGUUAAACUUGCGGGUGAGAAGACAAGAUCUGCUGAGAAGGAGGUGUUAGAGCUGAAAAGUGCAAAAAUUGAACUUUUGACAAAAAAUAGAGAUUUAGAGAAGGCUUUAAAGCAAUCAAAUAGUAUGGCCGCGAAUUUGGAACUUAAAAUAAAAGAAAUGAAACAUGCUGCAGAAGUCGAGAAGACACAUCAGGAGACCUUCGAUAUCAUCUACUCAGAAUUUAUAGAGCUGAGCGUGCAGCUUACGAACUGGAAGCAAAACGUGCUAGGUAAAGGAGCUGGACUGUUGACUGUUGCACAUGUAAUGAACAGUGCUAGAAAAGAAGCAUUUGACUCAGAUCAGUCGACUAUAGUAGGAGAUGAAGUCCUCCGGAAACGUUUUUCUGACGGUAGCUUUAGUAGUGAGGAAUCGAAAGUUGUUAGUGAAUUUCCUUUGCAAGUAGGCACAGAAGACGGAAGUGUAGAAGAACGAAACCAGGAUGACGACACUGUAAUCCGCCAGUCCUUUAUCGACAAAGUGUUAGCUCGGUUCAUAUCUAAUAAUUUGAAGUCGUUUGCUGAAGUUAUUAAAUCAGUUGUCGAGCAUUUGCAAAAAGAGGGUAAAGAAAAAGCGUUGGAACUGGAAAAGCUUACUAGGCUUCUGGAAAAAUCAAAACUGGAUACGGAUGCAGAAGUAAAAAAGGGUUUGAAACUGCAGGAAGAAAACAAUUUUCUAAUAGAAGAUAACAACAGGUUUGAAGAACAGUUAAACAAAUAUAAAGCUGACAUCAGUAGGCUAAAAAAAAAAGAUGAAGAGGAGAUGGCAAGACUGGGAGAGGCGGAAACACGACUGAUGAAGAGUGAAAAGAUUGCUAACGAACUUGGUUGUCGGCUUAAAAAGUAUUCGGAGCAAUUGGGUGAUAUCACUGUUGAACGUAAUCGGUUAAACAGUCAGUUAGAUUUCUGGCAAACGGAGUUUGAAAGACUGAAAGCAGAAAUUGGAAAAGGUGCACAAUCUGUUAAAGAUGACGGUUUUCAAAAGGAAAUGAAGGACAUUCCAAGAGAAUUCGCUGAUAACGCAGCUUUCGUUAAAAUAAGGACCAAUGUAGAGGAGGCUAAAAAUAUGCUAAAGGCGGAAUUUCAAGAAAAGCGAAAAAAGAUAUCGAAACUUGAAACUGAUUUAGCGGCUGUGAAAGGUGAAAAGGAGGCUGAAAUGACGAGCAUGAAAAGCAAGAUCAAAGUGUUUGAGGUUCCCGAUAAAUUCUUUGGUUCUCAAUCUAUUCUUUUUGUGGAAGAAGCAAAAGCGUUAGCAGCAAGUAAGAAUUUCGAUCAUGAGAAGGAAGAGAUGCAAAAACGUAUUGAUGAAGCCUGUAAAGCUGGUAGUGAACUAGAGGAGAAGAUUGUAAUACUGAACCAAAACUUGGAAGCAAAAAAUGCGGAAGUGAAAUCAAAAGAGGAGAGGAUCACUGAAUUGGUGGCAGAGUUAGCUGCAGAAAAAGCAAAAAGUGAAAAUUUGGCAAAAGAAUUGGCAUCUUCCAGUGAAACUGCAGUCGGAAAACAAAAGGUAGACGAGUUGACGGCUGAAAAUGCUCGACUUGCCGGUGAAUUAUUGAAAAUGCAUAGUGCUAGUGAUAAGGAAGACGCUCAACGAACAUUUGAGUUUGAAAAGAAAUUGAAGACGUGUGAGGAAACUUGGACCAAACGAUUGCAAGAAAAAGAGCAGAAUCAUUCUAAAAUGAUAGAGGACUUAAAAAAGGACGUUGCCAGAAGGACAAAAUUACGCGAUGAGGAAUGGGGCCGUAAGGUGGAAGUGGUUUUGGCGAAAAACAAUAGUGAAAUAGAGGCUUUAAAGCGUGACAAUGAAGCGCUAUUAGCGGAAAGGGAUAAACUCAAAGCGGGUCGUAAAGAUAGCUUGACUAUGAGAGAUAGUGAUUUCCAUGAAAUGAAGGAAAAGUUAGCAGAGGCAGAAAAAGAGAAUCGUCGAUUGAAGGGACAGAUCGAAUCUGCAGAAGCACAAAUCAAAGAUCUGUCUAAGGCAAAACAGAAUGGAAUUUCUCCGGUUCCACCACCGCGUCGGAUGCACGCUGCGAGUGAUAUCAGUGAUAUUUCUGCACGAUCAGAAACGCCAACUGGUCUUGAAGAGGAGAAUAAGAAAUUAAAAGCCGAAAUUGAAAAGUAUGUUGAAAUUUUUGUUACUGUUCAGCUUUUGCUGUCAUUUUCACCUGUAGAGCAGUAUAUUGAGAAGGCGCAGAAAUGUUGCUUGGUUUUAUGCAAGGAAAAAAGUUGUGAGAAAGAAGGAAAGAAAAAGGCAUUAGUGGUUGGAGGUUUAGUGCAGUGA